AUAUAAGAAAAUUAGGAUCAGAUCCGCAACUUUACUAUCCAGAUCUUGGAAUCAUGCUUUUCACGUUUUUUCAGAAAAUUGAUAGUUACAUUUAAAACUUUAUCUUCAUUACAUGAAGUAGCAAUUUAAGUUAUGUAGCUGGAUCCUUCUCUCAUAAUCUGAAAUAUAUCAUGUACGUUAAACGUUAAAUAUCCUGAGAAUAUCCUCAGGACAAGAAAUCGAAAAUGAUUUAGUCCAAUAUUUUUUUUUUUGGGUAAAAAAAUCCAAAGAAUAGUUAGUCAACCCACUAUAAUCAAACAUGAUCAACUUAUUUGCCAGUUGCCAAAAAUAACGGAGGUUUAAUACGUCUACAAUUAUUUGAUCGUAGACCUAGGGAGCUGACAUGCAUCGUUCUAGUAUGAAGAGCGGCUAGAAUCAUCUUUUCAAUUAAAUCUAACCUAACGUUCCAUUCAUCAUAUUAAAUUUUUCAAUUUCUAACCACCCGAUCUUGACUAUUCCCAUUCGUUCCAACAACUUCAUACCGUGUCAAACUUUCUUGUUUAAACGAUCUUUGACUCUCACUUUUUUUGUAAAAUUAAUUUGAUUACUGGUGUGCAUGGACCAACAGCGUGUAAGAAGGCCACAAUAUUGAUUGUAACAUGUGAAUGUGAUCUCUCCACAAGGCGUUCUUGCCGUGGAUCACGUGUAAACAAAGGGGUGUACACGCCGUCUAUUACAAGAUUUAGGUCACUGCGAUGAUGUGCACCAACUAUAAAUAUUUCAACUUUUCGGAUAACUCUGAAACAAUAAACAAGAGACAAUGUCGAUCUCUAACGCUGAUAGUGAGACUGGAACUACACUUUCAUAUGGUGUUGUCGAGGGUUCCGUUGACUUCCGAGGCAAGCCAUCCGUCAGGUCCUCUUCCGGGGGCUGGAGAUCCUCUGGCUUCAUCAUUGGAGCGGAAGUGUCGGAGAAGUUCGCCUACUUUGGAGUAGCCUCGAAUCUGAUAACCUACUUCACGGCGCAGUUAGGGGAGUCAACGGCGGCUGCAGCCUCAAACGUCAACCUCUGGCUCGGGACGGCAGCUUUCUUGCCACUGAUCUGGGGCUCUAUAGCGGACUCAUUUCUUGGUCGUUUCCGUACCAUCCUCUUCACGUCCUCUCUCUAUAUCUUGGGACUUGGGCUGCUUACGUUUUCAGCAACGAUUCCGUCUGCAUGCAAAGAUCAAGAAACACUUGUCUCGUGCGUUUCUCAGUUUAAAGUGACAGUAUUCUUUUGUGCUCUCUAUCUGAUAGCACUAGGCGAAGGAGGCUUCAAGGCAUGUCUCAGAGCUUUCGGAGCAGAUCAGUUUGAUGAACAAGACCCUAUAGAGUCCAAAGCCAAGAGCUCAUUCUUUAACUGGUUGUAUUUUGCGAUAUCAUUUGGCAUAUUGGCCACUAGGUUGGUCUCUAAUUAUGUCCAAGAGAAUCUGAGUUGGGCUUUAGGGUUUGGGAUUCCAUGUGUUUCCAUGAUGAUUUCUCUAUUCUUCUUUUUACUUGGGACCAACACUUAUCGCUUCAGCACUGGAGGAGAAGUAAGACAAGGACGAAAGCAUAAUAACCCUUUUGUAAGAAUUGGCCGUGUUUUUGUUGCUGCUGCGAAAAAUCGACGAGAGACUUCGUCAGAAACCCUUCUCCUUCUUCCUCACGAAGGUUCGAAACAAUACAGAUUCCUCGACAGGGCGGCGAUUUCAUGUGAUUCAGUUGAAGUUGAAGAAGCGAAAUCUGUGUUAAGUCUCGUUCCAGUUUGGAUGUGUUGUUUAGUAUUUGGCAUUGUUUUUGCGCAGUCCCCUACUUUCUUUACAAAGCAAGGAGCCACAAUGGACAGAUCAAUCUCAUCAACAUUCUCAAUCCCUGCAGCGACACUCCAAGGUUUCAUAAGCGUAGCAAUCCUUGUUUUCAUCCCAAUCUACGACCGUGUACUUGUCCCAAUCGCAAGAUCAAUCACUCAUAAACCAGCAGGAAUCACAACCCUUCAAAGGAUCAGCACAGGCAUUUUCCUCUCUAUUCUUUCAAUGGUAAUAGCUGCUUUGGUCGAGAUGAAAAGACUGAAGACCGCUCGCGAUCACAGGCUUGUUGAUUCCCCUAAUGCCACGGUUCCAAUGAGUGUUUGCUGGCUAAUUCCACAGUACGUUCUCUAUGGAGUCUCUGAUGUUUUCACUAUGGUUGGAUUACAAGAGUUCUUCUACGGACAAAUCCCGGUCGAGCUAAGGAGCUUGGGAUUAUCUAUGUACCUUAGCGUAAUCGGCAUAGGCAACUACUUGAGUAGCUUCAUGGUAUCAGUCAUUGAGAAAGCAACGAGCCAGCCAGGUCAAGCGAGUUGGUUUGAUAAUAACCUGAACCAGGCACAUCUUGAUUACUUCUAUUGGCUACUUGCUUGUCUCAGCUCCAUUUCAUUCGUUUCUUUGGUCUAUUUUGCUAAGUCGUACGUCUACAACAGCCCAAAGUAAACUCUUUCAAGAUUUUGAGGAAUAAUGUCGAUUGACUUUAAAUAAAAAAUGAAUAAAAAAGUAAAAGUAGAAGAUAAAACUAGAGUUUGAUCCGUGGCAGAUAUUUUUCGCUUUUAUACUGAUUAAAAUUUGAUUUUUUGUCAACUUUAUUUUUUUCGAUGAAAAUUUGGUUUAUGUAAAAAAUAUUGUAUUUGUUGUUAUAGUUUAUGUUAUAUAUUGUGUAAUUCUAUAAAUUAUUGUUUAUUUGUCUUGUUCAUCAUUAUUAUAUUUUGCUUUAUGUUUUUGAUAUGUAAUGUGUUUUGUCAUUAAUCAAUAUCAAUAUUUUUACAAUAUUUAGUACACGAACGUCUUUAAAAUAAUAAAAUAAAAACAUCUUCAAUAAUAAGGAGACUGAACAUACAUUUUUAAAAAAAGUUUUCAUACGUUAUUUUUUUAAAAAAUUAUUAGUUAUAUUCUUAAAUCAUCAUCUUAUUCAUUCUCUUCGUAUUUGAAAAUAGUUAAUUUUGAAAAUUUAUGUUUGUUUACUUGAUAAAUGGGUUGGAAUCAAUAUUUUAUUUUAAAUUGUUGUAAACACUUACAUGUAAAAUAUAAUGUUUGAUUUAUUUUGGUUAUUGAAGGAAACAUGGUUGAAAUUGAACAAAUAAACCUUAUUCUAAACAAUAUUCUUAAAGCUUUAAUUUGUUAUUACCACAAUGAGCUUGGUCAUAACCUCGACUUAAGAUCCAAUUAACCAGUUACCAUACUAGACUUAAAGAUGAAAGCAACACAUUUGGCAGGAGAAAACAUAACCUCUCCAUGUGAUUUUAUUUCACCGAAUUCAUCUGUUUGAUACAAAUGUAAUACGAGUAUACAUAGCUAUAUAUAUAGCUUACAUAAUGUCAUAACUUAAAAAAUUCUGUAGUAGUUAAAGGCCAUCUGUUUGAUCCAAAACUAACUUUUGUCGCAGUUUUGCGUAAACUUCGUGUUACUUUGAAGCCGUUUCUAGAAUUACUCGGUCAUUUAUAAAAUUUAGGCCCAUUAAAGUGUUUUAAAAUAUUGAAAAUGCAUUAUUUGAACUUAACACCUUCAUAUAACUUAACAAAGAUUGUACCUAAUAGAGCUAAAGACUAUUUUCUAUUAUUAUUGACCCCUAAAAUAAAUUAACCUAGUCUGGCAUCUGCUUCAUUAACUUCUACUCAGACCCGGCUCUGUACGGUAAUCUUCUUAACGGCAUAUUCCUCGAGUUACCAUUCAAAAAUUAGUUUUCAAAGGGACUCUGCCAUGCCAUGAUUUAGUUUAAAUAAAAGUUAGGAUAACAUAUAUGGGAUGUCUGGUUAUUUCUAGUAGAGAAAAAAAGGAGAAGAUAAUGCCUUUUCAAAUUAUUAGUUUCUUUUUCUAACACAACAUUUUAAAGUUAUUAUUUUCUUGUCAUUUACUAUAUAUUGUUCAUGGCUCGUCUCUAAGAAACUCUAAUCAAUACUAUUAAGUAUUCACCAUGUGUCAAUGAGAACCUCUUACUGUAAAAUAAAUUGUUGUGUCCUAUAUAAAACUGAGUUGAAAUGAGAAGGUUCUAAUAUAACUAUAGCCUAUAGGUUUUUAACAUAUAUAUAUAUGCAUGGCUUGGGCACAAGGCAAGGCAAGUACUUGCCAAUUUUCAGGUACUUGAUACUUGGGUUGGUUCCUUCAAAUAGUUUGAUUAAGUAUUUGUAUUUAGCUUGUUCGAAUCAAAUACCCAUCCUAUCAAAUACUGAGAGGAACAAAAUUUAAUACUUGUAAGUUACUUGGCUUGCGUUGAUACUUGCCAAAAUCAAAUAUUUAUUUAUAAAAUAUUUGAUUAAUUGAAUACUUUUUAACGAGUAACAACUGUUUUUUAAUGCAAAAUAGAUAGUUUCUGGUGGAUAACAAGUAUUCUUAGGAAUAAAUAAUGAGUAACAAAUAAGAGGACAAGUACCAAGGCAAUAUGAUACUUGAUCUGGAAUUACAGAUAAUAAAAAAAAAUUGAUUUGUUAUUAAAUUGAUUUUUCAAAGCGUGGAUGAAGUAACGAGAAUAAGCCAAGUACCAAGUAAAAUCAUAUUCAGCUCCAUAUAUGUGUAAGAUAAAAAAAGUCAUACGAUGAUCUUUAACACUUAGAAUCAAAAUUAUUUAUUUAUUUUCCCCCAUCAGAAAUUAUAUAAUAAAUUCUUAAUAUCUCUAAUGUAUACUGCGAUCAAUCAUUUCUUAAAAAUAUACUCCCUCCGUUCCUAAAUGAUGCAUGUUUUAGAAAAAUAUUUUGUUUUUAAAAGAUACAUAUUUUACAUUCUCAAUGUAUGUAAUAAUGGAAAAUUGUAAAUUUCAAAAACAUUAAUUGUGUUUACUGAAUUUUUAUUGGUUAAAAAUCAUAGGAAAUAGCUAAACACAGAAAAUCAUACAUUUAUUAUCAAAAUUUUAAGUGUUUUCUUAAUAAGUGUGAAAAUUCUAAAACAUAGAUUAUUUAGGAACAGAGGGAGUAUAAAAAUAAGUAAGUGGGUUACAUAUAAAAAAAAAAAAAAAGAAGGGGGAAACCAGCUAAAUACAGGCAAGAAUGUUGAAUGUUGAAUGUAUAAUAAUAUAAUAAGAUGGCACCAGCGAUGAACAAACCAACCAAACAGCUUCUUCUUUUUUGACAAAAGCAACCGAUGAAGGGAUGUUUACCGGAUCACUGCCGGGUCUACCAACCUUACAUUUUCAAAUACUAAAUACGAUUCUAAUUUUGUUUCUUCCAUUAUAUUAACUGUUCUAGUAUCAAUUUUUUUGUGCAAAUGCACUACUCUACUCACAUAGUUUUUUUUAUUUGACACAUGAAAGAAGAACAAAAAUAGUUGAAUAUCUGGGAGACAUAAUAUACAGCAUGCAAGAGCACUAAAAAAAAUACAAGUCAUGUCACACACAUACAUUGAUAUAUAUAUCAAUCGAAUCGAAUAUGUGGAUACAUAAUUCACACAAUUACGUAUUUACUAAAUAUGCAGCAUCCCUUAGAACCAUUACAACAUGUUUUGUAGCCACAUAUCAUCACUAGAAUGAAUUUUAGAAUCAUUAGAAAAUAGGUUGAUUCAUUUAAAUAUAUAAUAAUAUUUUUAUUAAACUAACUAUAAGUUCAUUAUUAAUGUAUUUUAUUGUUUUCUUAAAUAAAAGUUACCGAAUUAUCAAAUAUGACUAUAAUAUAUAUGACAAUUAAUAAUUUUGAAUAAUAAAUAUUUGAUAAAAAUAGGUGUAUCUUCUAUCAUAUUUU